AUGGAACCGUCCGCCCAGAUUUACGUCGCCGAUCUCCCGCGGACUAAUCGUCUUCUCACGGACGGCACCCGCCGGUCCACCACACUGGUCCCGUCCGUCGCUGCUAUCGACCACCGAAUGCAACGGUUGGAGCAGGCGCUUGCUGCAUUGACUAAAGAGCACAAGGCCCUUGAUGAAGACGCCGUCGACAGAUGUCUCGCUGGUCUGGAAGUAGCCGAUAGUCUGCUCGUUGCUUCGGCCCAUCGGGACAUCAAAGGCACGCUUUGGAAGCUGUGCCACCCUUUCAAACACUCCAAGAAGUGCGACAUGCUGCGAAGGCAUGUUGGGAUAGCCCGGGACACGUAUGAAAAAGUCGUCAAGCGGUACCAGGAUGCCGUCCGGCCGCUGGCAGAGCUCGGCGAGAGGGCCAAGAAGCUCGGGGAUGACGCCAGGCAGGUGCUCGGCUCCAUCGAUGAGGUCAACGCCUUUCAAGAACGCAAACAGAGGGCCCUAGACGACAAGAUCGAAAUGGGACUGAAGAUAUGGUCCAACAGGACCCUGACGCUCGCAAAGCAUCGCGAGCGGGAGCAAGAGGCGAGGGCGAAGAAGGAGAAGUUGGAGAUGCAGCAGGCUGCCGGAGAAGAUUACCCCACAUCUCUGUUUCCUGACAUAGCCGCCGGCAGACAUACCACGGUAAUAGGCCUUUUGAUCGAGCGCAGCGACGCGGAGAUUACGCACCUGGAGCAGGAGACUCACUGGGCUGCGCACAAUGCGGAGAAGCAGCAGGCCAAGGUCGAGUCCCUCCGGCUCCAACGCGACGGCACAACGCCCAAAGCUGAGAGAUCGCUCGUCGCCAAGCUGGGAAUCCGUAUGGGGGUUUUCCGGUCGAAGCUUUCGAAGCUCAGAUCCGAGUUGCGGGACAAGGAGGAGCCUCUGCGGGCGGUGGGGGACAGGUGCCUCGGCAUCGCGGCGAGGUUGAGCGCCCUCCAGAAAUCCGGCUCUGGGGAUUUGGUGCUUGGCGUCAAGGACCUGGCGAGAGGCAUUACGAUCCAGAAACACGAGAAGAAGAAGGAAGAGAAGGAGAGGAGGAAGUCCUGGGAGAUGUGCAAGUCGGCCGAGAGACCACGCACGUCCUUCACCAGCUGUCUGGGGUUGCGGUAG